CAAAAGCUCGACGUCUUUCUUGCUUGGCAAUAAGCAAUUGAGUCUGAACAUAACAUAUUUGGUGUUUGCAGCCAUCGGUUCUUAAGGACCUCCAUGGCUCACCUUGACUCUGGCGGCCGGUAAGCUCGUUUCGCGGUGAUCUAUCAGAUUACACAAAGGAGAAGCUACCUCCCUCCUCGACGUGGAGCUCCAUGUACAAUUAACAAUCUAUAACAAGAUGAGCUUCUUGCGGCAGACCUCCAGGUUAAAUUGUCUACGAGCAUCUCAUCCGCCGCCAAUCGCCCGAUAUCGCCUCAACCCACUCGUCAAGAGUCCCGCACUCCAACACUUACGAAGACCCUUCAACACGAGCAUUCCCCGGCAUCGUUACUUCCAACCAGGUGAUCGAGAAGUCCCACGGAGAAAGGACCGGCAAACCCGCCAAGAGCACGAUGAAGAGGGCGAUUGGAACCCUGAACCUCCUUCAAAAUCUAAACAAUUCUUCAACACACCUAAUAUCAUCGUUGGAGGCCUGGUGGGAGCAUGUAUAGGCUUGUACGGAUAUGCCGCACUGGUCAGCAGUGCCGUUAGAACUCAAGCUUCGUCCGAAGCAACAGCAAAAAUGCAGUGGUUGCAUGACCAUUUCGUCCACUCGUUGAAGAAUAUGAAGGAGGGCCGAUACUACACGCUUGUCACAUCGGCGUUCAUGCACCAAAGUGUUAUGCACCUUGCAAUGAACAUGAUCGGGCUUUGGGGGUUUGGACGAUUAAUUGUCUCGAGUUUCGGUGCUCCAGCGUUCUUGGUGCUAUACUUUGGGUCGGUGAUUGCUGGAGGCUUGACCCAGAACUAUGUGUGGGAGAAGAGAGGUGAAUGGAAUGCGGGGGGUUUGGGGGCGUCCGGGGGAGUGUUGGGCGUAUUCGCUGCUACCGCGUGUGUUGUGCCUCGGGGUCAAAUGGGUUUCUUGUUUAUACCAAUGCCAAUGUGGCUGGGGGCUGCUUUGAUGGUUGGGCUCAGUGUUGGUGGUCUACAAGGGCACUGGCUGCCAACUUUUGGUCACGCAGAUCAUCUGGGUGGGAUGGCUUUUGGGGCUUUAUGGUGGUUGAUUGCACUGAGAAGAGGUAGGUAUUAUUGGGGGAGAUAGGUCAUCAGCCUGGAUGGCUUGGGACUUUAUGGUGGCUGGUUGCAUUAAAAAGGGUCAUAUUUUCAUUAGAGGAGAUAUAUCAUCAGUCUGGAAGGGGCUUCUCUGAGAGUUUGAAACUCAGCAUCAAGAUUGGACUUAAAAACUUAGCAGAGUGAGUUGAUUCACAGUCAUGAGGCUGAGAAGCUUUGUGACUUUAGAUCUUUUCCGUUUGUAGAUUACAGUAGCAACACACCUCAGGUGAAAGACUCUGCCAUUCGAGUCUUUCCCCCAAUCUCGCAGUGAACAAAAAC